AUGGCAAAAUCUGGCUUCACAUCUGCCUGGUUGCCUCCACCAUCCAAUUCAUUUGCACCCGAAGGCUACCUUCCCCAGAACCUUUAUUCUCUUAAUUCUUCAUAUGGUUCUGAGCACCUGUUAAAAGCUUUACUUAAUAAGAUGAAGCAGUACAAAGUUAGAGCGAUGGCCGACAUAGUCAUAAAUCAUCGAGUUGGAACUACACGAGGGCAUGGUGGGAAGUAUAACCGUUAUGAUGGAAUUCCAUUAUCGUGGGAUGAACGUGCUGUGACAUCUUGUACUGGUGGACUGGGCAAUAAAAGCACUGGGGACAACUUUCAUGGUGUUCCGAAUAUUGAUCAUACUCAACACUUUGUGAGGAAAGACAUUAUUAACUGGCUUAGGUGGCUACGUAAUACUAUUGGCUUCCAAGAUUUCCGUUUUGACUUUGUAAGAGGCUAUUCUGCGAAAUAUGUUAAGGAAUACAUUGAGAAUACGAAGCCCAUAUUAUCGGUUGGGGAAUAUUGGGAUUCUUGCAAUUACAAAGGCCACUACUUGGAGUACAAUCAAGAUAGUCACAGACAAAGGAUUAUUGACUGGAUUGAUAAUACGGGGAAAAUUGCAACUGCAUUUGACUUCACAACAAAGGGUAUUCUUCAGCAAGCUGUUAAAGGAGAGUUAUGGCGCCUCCGGGAUCCACAGGGGAAGCCACCAGGUGUUAUGGGAUGGUGGCCUUCAAGGGCUGUUACUUUUCUUGAUAAUCAUGAUACUGGAUCAACUCAGGCUCAUUGGCCUUUUCCGUCAAAUCAUAUCAUGGAGGGCUAUGCAUACAUUCUCACUCAUCCUGGUAUACCAUCAGUUUUCUACGACCAUUUCUACGACUGGGGAAAUUCCAUUCAUGACCAAAUCGUGAAGCUGAUGAAUAUUCGACGUAGUCAGGGAAUAACUAGCCACUCGCCUAUUCGAAUUCUCGAAGCAAAGCCAAAUCUGUAUGCUGCAGUUAUUGGUGAAAAAAUAUCCAUGAAGAUUGGGGAGGGUUCUUGGUGCCCAUCUGGAAAGGAAUGGACUCUUGCCACUAGCGGCAACAGAUAUGCUGUUUGGCAGAAGUAG